AUGGGUGAAGGGUCUGACUAUCCUAGCCCAAGAAGUGAAGGUCCCAACGGCGCUCUCGCAGCAUCUAUUCUUGCCUCUACAGCUGAAUCCUCGUCCCCAAUUGCCAGAAUGAACGAACCUCAGUCCUUGGCCUUUAUCGACGGGGCGCGCCCGCGUCUUUCGGUUCGACGCGCCCGCGAUCCUCCCAAGAACUCCGAGGGUCAAAUCUUCUGUGACCACCCAGAUUGUGGAGCUGUGCCUCCUACAUUCCGUCGUCCUUGCGAAUGGAAUAAACACAUGGAUAAACAUGACCGCCCCUACAAGUGCUAUGAACCCAACUGCGACAAAAUCCAGGGCUUCACCUACUCUGGCGGUCUCUUGCGCCACCAGCGUGAAGUCCACAAGAAGAACACUGAUACCAAGAAGGCACUUAUGUGCCCUUACGGCGAUUGCAACCGCAGCACCGGUAAUGGGUUCACGCGCCAGGAGAACCUCCGAGAGCAUCUUCGCCGUCGUCAUAUGCAUAGCGAUGAAGGUCCUUCUAUUGUUGUCGAUAUGCCUUGGGAUCGCCCCGAACUUGAGAGUGUUGAGGCCGUCCGUGCCCCCUCCCUGCCUGCGACUGGCAUGAAGCGUCGCCACGAUUCCCCUCACGAGACCCUUACCGAAGCCGACGAGAAUGGAACCGAUUUGCGCCACGAAGUUAAGCGUCUACGUCUUGAGGUCCAAGAGAAAGACCGUCGUCUUUUGGAGUUGGAGCGUAUCGUCGCUGGCCUUCAACAGGCUAGUGUGCCGCAUCAGUCCCCUCCCGCCCCCCAGAUUCAGGAUAUUUCGCAGUCGAAUGCCCAGUCUGCUGCCGCUCCUCCCGUUUAA